GUAAGUGAUAAAAGGUUACGGGGGCACACUAUAGUCGUAACGGGAAUUAUUAUGGAUGGGGCUUGACGGUUCAAGGAGGAGUAAUAGGAACCGUUUGAUUGUCGAUUAACGGCCUACAAGUGCUCGGUGUUGGACGGCUAAGGGCUACGGAGGGUGCAAUGGAGUAUAAAGUCUGGUAUCAAAUGGGGAGAGAGCAUUUCGUUUCAGAAGAAGACGACGAAGCUUGCAGUCUUAUGAUUGCUUCAUUCUAUUUGGCUUGAAAAUUUUCUCGCGCUUUCUUUCUGAUUAUCGGAAGGCGAAGGAAAGGAUAUUGAUCAGAAUCGGAUAGGAGAAUGCUGAGGAUCUGGAAUGGAACAAGAUAACCAGGGGGAGACAUAGUAUAGAGAGAUUCAAGGAAAACUGGAAGCUCUGUCGAAGAUUCUACUGGAUUUGUUUAACUUUGCAGCUGAUUUAUGAGGAUUGGUCUCCUUUCAUUGAAUUUCAGAGGAGAAAGGUCAUAAUCUUCGAGUUUACAGAUACAUUUCCGAGAGAUUUGUUACGGCUUGGAAGAUCGGAGACUGUUGUGUUUUACGCAUUUCUUAUAUCCCGAGAACUGAAACAAGAACCUGUUGGUGUGGUUCACGGUGUUCGCGGCCGAGAAAUCUGACUUUUAUAGGUGUAUAAAGAUGGAUAGGGACUCUUUGAGGAACAACAAUGGAUUGUUAUUGAGAGCAAGUGCCGUUACCACCAAACAAACCAGGUCCUCCGAUUUCGUGCUUCAGUGGGGAAACCGAAAGCGGCUCAGGUGCUCCAAGAUCCAAGCCAGAUACGAUUCCACGGCUCCGGUACAGAGUGCCACUGUCCGGAUCGAUCGCCGGGUCAUAAGAUCCGACAAGGGCUCCUCAAAUCACCACAAUAUUGCAUUCAAUCACAAAAGAGAUGUGUACUUAAAUCUCCGGCAACGGCCAGUCUCGCCGCAGGCACCACCGCCUCCACGUGUUCUGAGGAACUCUGAGAAUUCCAGUGCCAUGAGAGGCCACAGCAACGGCGGUUUGAGGGGGCUUGCUUCACCGGAUAGGGGAACACACGAGAGAAAAGGAGCUAAUAAUAACCACCACAACAAUAACAUCAACCACCGUCACAACAACGUCAAUAAUCAGGAGAAUAACAAGUCAGCUGGGUCUUCGGAGACAGCACAUGAUAGCAAGAAGGGAGGGUCAUCUUCAGGGAGCGGCGAGGCUGCUGCACCACCAGCGUGGCCACCUAAGUUAUUGAUUGCUUUGACUAACAAAGAGAAAGAAGAAGAUUUCAUUGCCUUUAAGGGAUCUAAGCUUCCCCAAAGACCCAAGAAGAGAGCCAAGUUUAUUCAACGCUCCCUCAAUGAGGGCACUGUUUUGGUUAGUGGUUCACCGUUUAUUCGGUGUCUAUUUCGCCUUUUUCUUACCGGGAAAGCAAAGAAAGCGCAUAAAGGGGCAAUAACCAAGAGAUGGGUGUACACGUGUCAGUUGCAGCAUGGAUGUGUACCGACUGGUGACCUAAAAGUUUGUUGGAAGUCUGUGAACAAGUCCACCACUAGUUGUCGCAGGGGAUUGGGGGAAUAGUAGUACACAUGUUUCGACUUUUGGGCCAAACAAAGCGAAUGUAUAGAGGGGUAAAUUUGGUAGGAAAUUGUUUAAGGGGGACACAUUAGUAAUUAUAUGUGUCAAUCAAAGUCUUCAAUUCUUUACCAACGAUGUUUAUAAAUUAUAAUUGCCCGUUGGGAGUCUUGAUGAUGAUGCACUUGUGGCAUCGGAUUGGGGUACAUAUGUGGCCCUGUUGUCCACGUGUACGGUUUAACAUUGUAGAUUUUUUGUCCUCCUUGAGGUGUAGAUGUUAACAGAAGAAUGGCCGACAAUAGGCGGCGAUGGAGGGGUUUGUGGUCCCAUUAUAAACGGUCAUCUUGUGAUGAUAGUUAAA